AUGGCCGACACGGAGUUUGAGGAGCUCCGUCAAAAUCUCGACACAUUGCCAACGUUCCGAAAGGCACCAGCACCGUUCUAUUCGUUGGUUGCGGAUCUCGAUCUGGAUGAUUCGCCAUCGUCGAAAAGUGAUGCAUCAUCCGACCACGAGGAAGAUGGUCCACUUUCGACCAGCGACGGUACGGCGGAAUCAGUACUCAAAGGUACGCCCAGCAAGACGCAGCAAAUCAUCCAGACGAUUAGUACGAUCAGCAGCAGCAGUAGUACGGGCGAGGAUGAUGAAAUUGGUGACGGAUUGCGCACCGUAACGCUGGGCCCGCGGAAGUCUUCGAUUGUGACCGACGACGACGAGUUGCUGGUGGUGUCGGGUGGUUCCGGUCCGGAAAGUUUGCUACAGCUGCAUCUAACAACGCACGGUCACACUGGAACGCCGGGGGACUCCAAGUGCGCGGCAAUCGGUUCCAAUGGGACUGCAUCGCAUCAUCAGCCGAACGUAGGACUUUGUGCAGCUGUUAGUAGCGUACCGGUGGAUGCGACAUCGACGAACAGUGCCCAGCUAGCACGGACGAGCUCUCUUCCGUGGAUCCCGGGACAGGUGGAGCGGCGAAGACGUAAGCUGCCGGAGAUUCCGAAAAAUCGUAAAUCUUCCGUGCUACAGCUUCUAGCCGGGCAGACCUCGCUGGCGGACGAGCUUAGCGCCAGCAAUCGAAAGCCACACUAUCCUUCGGCACAGUACCAUUCGGGUACCAGCUUCUUCAAGCAGAGCUCGCUGCUGGCGCUCAAAUGCAGCUACCUGCUGGACGAAGACUCGAGCCCCGACUCCGAGCGGUUGCAGAGCCUCGGCGAUGUGGAUAGCGGCCACAGUACGGCCCACUCACCGAACGACUACAAGAGCAUGUCCCCACCUCCACCGCAAGCGGCAUCACCGGUAACGUCGCCCUUCCCACCGCCCUACGGUGGCGUACCGUUCAGCCAGCUGGAGAUGCUCGAGGCCACCCAUCGGGCACUGCACAAGUUCAUACCGCGGCAUCACGACGAGAUUGAGAUCGAGAUAGGCGAUCCGAUCUACGUGCAGAAGGAGGCGGAAGACCUUUGGUGCGAGGGCGUUAAUCUGCGCACCGGUCGGCAGGGUAUCUUCCCGUCCGCGUACGCCGUCGAUCUGGACUAUAACGAUUUCGAUCCGACCUCGAUCGAGAUGAAGCGGGAACGGUAUUUGCUGGGGUACCUGGGCUCGGUAGAAACGAUGGCCCACAAGGGCACGGGUGUGGUGUGUCAGGCCGUCAGGAAAAUCGUUGGCAAUGGCACGGAGUCACCGAAGGCACAGCCCUGCAUACUGGAAAUAUCCGACCAGGGAUUGCGAAUGGUUGACCGAUCGAGGAACAAAAAAUCGAAAGGUCCCUGCAUAGACUACUUCUACUCGCUGAAGAACGUGUCGUUCUGCGCGUUCCAUCCAAGGGAUCAUCGCUAUAUCGGCUUCAUCACGAAGCAUCCGACAGUGCAGCGGUUCGCGUGUCACGUAUUCCAGGGUACCGAGUCAACCCGCCCGGUAGCAGAAGCCGUUGGCCGAGCUUUUCAGAGAUUCUACCAGAAGUUCAUAGAAACCGCAUAUCCGAUAGAAGACAUCUACAUAGAUUAAAGCAGAGCGCACGGUGACAUAAAUUAUUCCGAUGGUCAGAUGAGCUGACUGGUGCUCAUCGAGGAAACAACUUCCACCUUAUGCUCUCCCCGGCAAUGUCUCGUUAAAGCACGCAAUAGCAUGAUUGGAGCGCUCCGGUAUAUGUUUGCGAUCAGUUCGACACCAUUCUGCAGUUUGAGUUAGUUCCAUGAGAUAUUUAGACUUUUGUACAGUUUUAGCCCUUAGUAGUGUGCUGGUGGCAUCAGUAACGCCCCCGGGAAACAGUAUCGCUCUAUGAUACCAAUGCAACCAAAGAAGAAUAAAUGUUAGAGCAUGGCCAGAAGAGGCAUAGUGCGCUUCCGGAGGCCGAUUAUUAGAAUAUGUUGUUUAUGUUUGGUAUUUAGCAAAAAGAAUUAAAAAAAAAGGAUACGGGACGCUUUACAAACGCUUCUGAUGUAUUUUGUGCCACCAGUGGAUGGAUCGCCCAUUUUGAUUCCCUUUUAGUGACCAGCAUGUACUGAACGGAAGGUGCUGCACAUGAAACAGUUAGAUACACUUAGGCGCACGCUUUCUGAUAGCUUGGCAACAUUUUUGUACCAACAUUUUUCCUUUCGAUGCAGUGCAACGUUUCUGCUUUUUUCAGCAAACGAAUCAUACGACGUACGUAGUGCAGCACGGUGGUAUGCAGUUAGUUACUAGAAGGCUCGUUAUCAGCAAAUAGAAUGUAACGAAGACUUGAGAAAGCAAAAGCAUGCUACAAAGUGGACGAAUAACGGUAGAGUUGAACUUCUGGCAACGCUGUGCAUUUACAGCGCAGGGUAAGAGAAAGUGCUAUGUGUACGCGAAACUAGAAGCAAAACACAUCACCAUUCUUUCUUGCAGGGCUUUCUGCAAUGGUUACAAUUUUUCCCUCACUCUUGACACUUUAAAGCUAACUAACUACAAAGACAAACUCGCAACUUCUUCUGCUCGUUGCUCUUUCGUCCUUUUCCGUUCGCUGUACAUAAACAAAAGGUAGAUAAAGGAAAACCUUGUCACACCAAAACCAUCAAGAGCUAGAUAAAGACAACUGUAAGAAAAGAUAAAUGAAUCGAUAGUAGUGCUUUUGUGCGAAGAAAGCUGGUGAGAGCAAGAAGUAAUGCUAGAAGAAAUCUAUAUUUAUAGCACAGAGAAAAGGAUAAGGAAAAAUUAAACAAAAAAAAGCUUGAGAAUAAUGAAAGUUAAAAAGGACAGGCCACAAAUAAAGCCAUUUGCUUGAAUAAGAACACAGAAGAGAAAAAAAAACAAACAAUGUAAUAUAGUCGCUUUUCUUCCAACAUAUGAACAACAGCAACAUAUGAAAAUGGGCGUAUAGAUUUGACAUGCAAAUUAUCUAAUUGAAUAUAUAUUUUUUUCAAAAUAAAAAAAACAUGUACUCGAUGAAAAAAAACCCCGUGAUCCAUAUUUGUAACUCAAUAACAUUGCAACACUUCAAAGCAACACUGCAAAAUAUGUAAUACAGUCAGCUUCAGACAGGCAGUUGAAUGUUUUUGAUUUACACUUUUUCUUCCCUGGUUUUCUAAAGUCACUUCAAAAUGUGCAGGCAGUGGCAGUUUGAAUUGGCACGUGCAAGAAAGCUUUAGCGGUGCGAAUGGGGGGAGGAACUUUGAAAAAUCUACAAAGAAACAAAUGCAAAUACAACAUUACUAGUUAAAUCGAUCAUCAAGCUUAUCAAGCAAAUGCAUCAGCUAUCAAGAAAUAAUACUCUACAAAGGACAAGUAGUUACAACAUUGAGCAUCCAAUGCAACACAUACACAAGCAAACGUAAACAAACCUAAACAAAAAAAACUCGUUGUCGUUCAACUGUACUCAUUUUUUGCUCGAAAGGCAAAAUUAUAAACAUUGUACCAAAAAAAAAAAUAAGUAAGAAAGAAAGAAAGAAUAAGGAAACUACACAAAACAUACAUUCCGAAGCAUUUACAGGAAAACGUAAGCGUGUAACUGCUGUUUCAGUGUAAAAUGCCGGGAAGAUGUAAAACGCGUUUUACGCAACAAACUUGUUAACUGACACUAACAAACAAUCUGAUGAACAAUAACAUUAAAGCAAGUGAAUCUAAUACACUAAACACGGCAAAGAAUCUAUACACCACUGAGCAUGUACUGUCGUUGCAAGCACACAGCGUGGUGUCUACUAAACAACCAAAAAAAUAAGGAAGACAUGGAAGAAGCAACAAAACAAAGUGAACAAAUACUUUCUAUUGCACAACUUUGAGCGAAACAUUCGAGUUCGAGAGCACUGAUAUCAGGGAAACUGGAUUACGAAAUGAUGAAAAGUGUCUUUUAUCGUUAGCAAGCGUCCUGCUGAUGGGGCCGCCGCAUCACAGCAGCAUGAGACAACGGUGGCAAAGAUGUUGGGUGCGUGGGAGCGGGUUGGGUGAGUCAGAACGAGCAGGGUUGGGAAAAGCAAGCCUAUAUAAUGUUUAGUGCAAAAUGUACAAGCAAAAUAAAUAACUGUGAAAAA